UGAUCGUCUUGAUGCAUGCAAUAAUCUUGCUUCGACCAAUCAGCAUCCAGCAAACCUCGACUUAGCACCACCAUCUUCUAAACACAAUGAAGCAUCAAAAUCAUGGGAGUUUCUUACAGCGCACUCCGUGAAAAGGAUGAGAUCCGUCUCCUUCGAAUCGAACCCGGCACUGGCUCCGCACAGGUGAAAUGCAGCCUCGUUCACGCUCGACUCCGUGAAAGUCCAACAUACGACGCCGUUUCGUACAUGUGGGGACUCGACCACGGCCCCGGGAGUACUAAAACUACCCUGCUGGCCAUAGACGGCGGUCGGACAAUGGAGGUGCAAGAGAAUUUGGGGAGCGCGCUGAGAUAUCUGCGGCUGCGAGAUAAGGCCAGGGUGCUGUGGGUUGAUGCGAUUUGUAUUAACCAGGCAGAUCCUACAGAGAGAGGACAUCAGGUUGCGCAGAUGGGGAUGAUUUAUUCGCAAGCAACGACUGUGAGAGUUUGGCUCGGUUUGCCGGAUGAACUUUCCCCAAAAGCUUUCCGAUUUCUGGAGAAUCCGGGAACAAUCAGGAGGAUGAAGGAGGGAAUAAUUGAGUUGGAUGGUUGGGAGGCGGUUGCGAGUUUGUGUAAGAGAGAGUAUUGGGAUCGGCUGUGGAUUAUCCAGGAGUUGGUUCUCGCGGCUCGAAUCGAGAUCCAUUGUGGUGUGAGAGUGCUGCCGUGGGAGCUUUUCAGUAAUGCGCUCUUUGCUUUGGAGGCAGGACUCCAGGCAUUCGCAUGCGUUUUGACUCCGUUUCGAGCAGGCGCUAUUAUAGCGAGAGUCGUGGACUCCGCAGCUAUGAAGAUCUGUCGACAAAGGCGUGCCCAUACGGAGAGCGGCCCAGUAACAGAACUUGCUUCCCUCCUGUCUUUGUUGUGGAUCCAUAAAGACGCCAAGUGCGUGGACAUCAGAGACAAAGUAUUCGGUAUGCAUAGUUUUGCUCCUGAAUGCUGCAGACUGUGUGUACCAGUCGACUAUACAUGCUCCGCUUACACAUUGUGCCAGAGGCUGUUGGAACAUGAUAUCCAUUUCCAUUCCGAUGGGAGACGCAAUGGUGGCAGGGAUAGACUUGUUCGUCAGUCACUGAACCUUCAUGGCCUCAUUGUGAAGGGCGCGUUGAAUCAGAUUCAUUCGAAGAACUCCUUUGAAGUUGGAAGUCCGGACUUAGAAGCAGAAAUCCAAGAAGGAAUACCAAGUUCUCAGACGCCAAGUCCGAUCAUUGUUCUCGGGAAUGAGUUAGGACGAGUCGCCUUUGUCACAGCUCCGCUGAAGCCCUUAUUCGUCGAAGAUGGAUCCUUAAUUGUACCACGUGCAAUGGUUGAUUCGUUCCAGGAGAUGAGAUUCGGAUUCGAGGAGAGCGAAACGCCGGCCUUGACGACCCGGAUAACAAGAGCCCUCCGACAAAUUUGGAGGAACAACGAAAUGGAUAUACUUUCGAGGCCAGGAAAUAAAACAGCGCCGAUCUUGGAAAUGGUGGAUCUGCACCGCCCAGAGCUGCAGGAUGACCCCGCUAUCCAUGGCCUGCAGACAUUUAUGAAGUUUUGCUGCGAAUUCCUCCGAGCAUCAGACUUCUUGGGCGCUAAUCCACAGUAUGGAGAUUGCCAAAUGUAUCUGGCAAGAGCUGGAAUCGAAGAUGGGUUCAGCUGGAAGGUCGGGUUUGCUCCGGUAGGAACGGAAGUUGGAGAUUCGGUGUGCAGCUUCAAGGAUACAAAUAUCAUUGCCAUUGUGCGCAACAUUGGUGGUGAUCAUACCAUGGUUGGCCAAGGCUCGACAUUAGCUCCUCCACAAUCGAAAUCAGCGCCCCAGACCGGUAAUGUUGUGAAUAUUCAAUUUGAUCUUUCGAGACUUCAAAUGUUUAGCAGAAUUCAUCAACCAUUUGAAUUACCCGAUUACCGCGUUGCCUUACUUAUGCCACCAAAGUCGACCAACAGAUCUCGUGGCCUUCUGGUCGAGAGGAGAAAUCCUACAGAAGUGUCGCCUAGCUCAAAAGGACAACAUGUUUCCACUACAUCAUCUCACAACAACACCGAACUAGGACAACCACAGAACGGUAAAGAAAGGCCCAGUUCUUCUCCAGAGGCUUCCGACUCUUCAAGGAGGAAGGGAAAGCAACCUGCAAGAACGUACUCGUGUCUAAGGUGCAGAGCAACCUUUGAGACCUCAAGGGACAAUCUCAUUCAUGCGGCUACGUGGUCGCAUCAGCAAUGCAAUAAGUGUCAACGAUGGAAAUCAUGGCAGUCGAGUACUUCGACCACAUCGACAACACCAAUUUGCGCCCAGUGCAGUGUAGAAGAUACGGGCUAUGUUUUUGAUCUGCCAGGCAGGCCCCGGGAGGCAGCACGGAUUUCUUGGCAGACAGAUGCCCUCAGCGAUCGGACAGACGACGGUUUCCGAGAUUCUAUCAUCACCCAGUCAGAUGACAUGUCAUCCAGUGCCACGACAGUAUCAGAAAUAAUAACGGAGUGUUCUGACGAGACCUAUACGAAUAUCAGGGAAAUAUGGAGGUCAUGUAUGCUUGCAAAUGACGGGCCAUUCUUCCGAUGAAAACCCAAGACUUGUUGGUCAGAUGGGAAUGGAGGCAAAAGCAGAGGAUCGAGCUUGUACGAGGGUCAGCGAGGACAAAGAAGCUCCAGAUAUGAAGCAAAUAAGAACGGAGGCUCGUCUUUGGGAUAAGGCAACUCUGGCCCGCUCUGGGCAGUCACUCUCACAUCACUCAUCCGGCGAUGAAGGUGCAGCAACGGCCUGGACCACAGUUCGAUGGCCUUCAAGGCAUCGUGCAUGCAGGCUUGCACAGCCUCACAGCUCCUGCUGCAAGUACAGGCUCUCGUAGCAGGCCUCAUGUUGGGACUGCUAUCGUCAGCAAAACAUGACAAGAUAUCUGAGGGUCUGAGGAAGAUAGAUCAAGGACUCCACAUUUACAGUACUGUACAAGGGAGACCGUCGAAUAGAGGUACACAAAGCAAAAUAUAUGAGCAAU